GUUAGAACCUGACUCAGUUUCAGGUUCAAGCGAAAUCGCCAUAAUAGAGUUACAGAUUGUCAAGUACUCUAUAGAUUUGAAAGGCGCGUUUCCAAUGAAACGUAUCCAUCAGAUCUUUUAUGACAAAUUGGGAGAUCUGGCCACCCUGGUGUACAGGCUGAAAUUAAUGAGGGCUAAGUUCGAGCAUUGCGUGUAAACAAGGCAAAGAAAAAUAGAAUUUGUAAUUUGUAAUUUAUUUAUCAGCAGAACGAAAACUUGUCAGUUACAUAAACUUUGUAUCAAGUCAAGGAAUCAGUGGAGUCGAGGAAACAUCAAUCAGUUUGAUAUCUGCGGAGGUGGAAAAUAAAUUGUGCUCCGUGUUCUGAUGAAUUUGUGAUAGUUAUCAACAUAUUUUUGAAAAGUGAAAGAUUACUUGUAGCGCUUAUCAAUUAGUGGAGUGUAUUUCGAUAGCAAGUCAAUUGACGUUGGCUGCACGGUCCAGUUGACGAUUUGCGUAAAUUGAGAUUUUGCCCCAGCUUGGCGUUCAGCAAACUGCUGUUUGUAGCUGAUUGGAAUAUAAUGGUGAGAAAUUUUUCUGCGGUUUAGCUACAUAGAUAGCUACUAUAUGGAAUGAUGCUAGUGAUGUAUGCUUAUAUUGGCGCUUUGGGUGGAUGACAUCAUCGAUGCUUCGGCAAUGAGCGGCUGUGGACUGCUGGUUUCGGUGAUCAAAACUCUCGAUGCCAGUGAAACGAACGAGCAGCGGGAGCGGGAAAAGCACAAGAUCGAAAGAGAGUUCCGCAAAACUGAUCAAAGGCUCAACGAACUUGUCUCGCGGAACGAUGGCGAUCUUACUCGAGUUAUGCAGCUGUUCGGCAAGGUGUCGACUCAGAUUACUAGUUCCCGGGAAAGAAUUCAUGUUGUAGAGGAAAAUCUGCAGACGUGUAAGCAGUUACUGCGAUGCCGGCGGGAGGAACUGAAGAAGUUAUACACGGAUGCCGUCCAGCACAAGUAUGUGCUGGAUUUGGGUCAGGUCAACGAACUGCGCCGGACUCCCCAGCAACUGGCUUCUUUCAUGGGCAAGAAACAUUAUUUACACGCCACAAAACUGCUCAUGUCGGCCAUUGAGGUGACCGAGAGUCCGCUGAAAGAUGUGGGAGGUCUGAACGAUCUGCGGCAAGACUUUGAGAACAAACUGCAGCAGUUGUACGGGAAGUUACUAGAGGAACUGAACAAGCAUCUGUACGUUUCAAGUACGGCUGAAGUGCUGCAGAGCUUCCAACGGCAGAGCUCCGGACGGAAUAGUCAGUAUACAGCCAGUACAGCAGCAUCGCCGUUCCAGCGGAACGUCCUGCGGCGUUCCGCCGAACGAAUGGAAGCUAAUACGAAGGCCAGAAGGGCGUUGUUUGAAAUUGCACAGAAUGGUUAUCUCGAUGUCGACAAGAGUGAAAUCAUCGAAGACACAGAUCUGCUGGAUCCAGAUGUCAAUUCCACUUAUUUUAUAGGAAUCAUAAUUGAGUGCUUUGCGUUGUUGAAUAAAGUGCCUGAAUCUAUAGAGUCUAUAAGAGUACAAAUGCAAAGCGAACUGCUAACGAUCGUCACAAGGUCCACUCAUCACAUUAUCAUGCUCAAUCAGCAGCAGCAACAAACGAACCAGUACCAACCCCAGUACGGAAAUCCUUCGGCAAACGCCGAUGAACAACGAGAGGAAAACAUUCCUAUACUCGAACUGUUGGAUUUAGUGUUCAAACAGUUGAAACUGAUUGCCACCGCUCAUCAGUUAACGCUGAAAAACUACCACAACGUAAUGCAUCGCUACAACCUCACCCAGGUAAAGGCGUACGAUUUGAUCGAGUACUGGGGACAAGCGCAGGCAGUGUUGAAGUUGGUUCUGACAGACUACUUGGACAUUCAGAAUGACAGCAGUGAUGAGUUGAUGCGGGCGCAGUUCACAGAGCAGACGACCAACAUCAAUACGUUUUUUAGCCGACGGAAAAUUCAGGGCAAAAAGAUGCUGUUCAAAUUUGACAAGUCUUCUCACACGGCCUUACUGGAACCGGAUGCUGGCGGGAAAGAGCAUCGCCGGAACCCGUCAAAUGUGUCCAACAGUACGGCUAAGGAGGACGCGUUGAAUCAGUCGGGAAGUAAUGGGCGUGAAUUGUUGAAUGCUAGCUUCAGUAAUAAGCAAAUUUCUGGGCCUCUGGGACCAGAUCGGAAGAAACAGGAACGAUCUCUUGUAUGCGCGCCGGAUGCUGCUUUGGUGCGACAGAUUUAUCUACCAAUGAUGGGUUACAUUCAUGAAAUCGAAGGUUUUAUGAAGUGUAAAUCAGGUCAACUGUGUAGUUUGAACACUUUUUUGGCAAACUACGUGAAGGACGCAUAUCUGGCACGAGGACAUAAUCGGAAUCUACAGUUGACGAUAGAAUCGCUGUCGAAGACUCAGGACGCUUGGCGUUCAAUCAUCACACCGGAGGAAAUGAAGAGACUUGGGUUGACGCGACCACUUCUACAGAAUACCGUUCUGGUCGAAAGUCGAAUCUCCGAAACCAAAAAACUUAUCCUGGAUCUACCCACGUACUCCGACGAACUGCUCAAAAUGGUUUGUUCGUUGUUGAAAACCUAUCGGGAAACCUGUCAGGCUGCCUACCGAGGAAUCGUUCAACCCGAAACUGAGGACAAGCGGAUCUACAGCGUAGCUUGGCUGAAGGAUGACGACAUAACCAGAUUCCUCAAAUCCCUCCCCAACUGGACAGAUCUCAAAACGUACAACGCUCGGCACCGGCAGCAGCAAUCGAACCAGAAGCGACUGAUGAAGACGGAACCGUCGGAAGAGGAAAGUCCGACGGCUGUACAACAACGAAAUGUUCGCGAGGCUGAAAUGUUGACCAGCAAUCUCGGUGAAGGAGGCAUUUCGCAGCAGGAAAUCCUUUCCGAUAUUGGGGUGCUAAAAGAGCUAAUUCCACGAUUGCCAAGAGGAAUCAGGAAAAAUGAUGCAUUUUGUAAUGGAUUUGACAGUAAAAUUCAAUUGUUUUUCAAUGAUUUUAUGUAUUUGAAAAGGUUCGUUUGUAAAUGUUUUCUUUGAAGUAUAAAAUAAAUAGUUUUCAAAAUAUGUCGUAAAAAUAAUGGUGCCAAAUUUUAUUGGACACAGCUUAUAGAUUUUAUUUCUUAGUAACAGUAUGUUUUAUCAUAUUUGAAUGAUCAAAAUGUAAAAAAUCAAGUAGCGAUAGGUCGAAUACAGAUUAUAUUCGGAUUUCUUUUUUUUUUCAAAUCAUUGUCAAGUCUAUGGAAAUUAGAGCAAUUAAAUGUUUAUCAUGUUUCUCUAUUGUAGGGUAAAUAAAUAAAACUCGAACGUUCUGAGAGAGAUGUUCCUAAUAAUGCCAUUGCUAAGCAUUCGUUCAGAAAAUAAAUCUAGUUUCGUCCUUCUCAAAUGGUAAAA